UUGAUGGAUCCUUCACAGAAUAAUCUCUACAAAGAUGUGAUGCUGGAGACCUAUAUGAACCUCAUUGCUAUAGGCUACAAUUGGGAAGAUCUUAAAGUUGAAGAACAUUGUCAAAGUUGUCAAAAACAUGGAAGUUAUAUCAUAUGUCACUCUGGAUACAAGCUCUAUGAACAUAAGAAUAUGGAAAGAAGGAAUGUACAUCUCUCAAUAGGAGAACAAUUAGAAGAUACAUAGUAGUUC